AUGACUACCUCUACCAACAUCAGCGCCCUCGCGUGCCCAAGUGUCUUUCUGAAUGAGUUGCAGUUUGGAGAUGGCGGAUUUGUUGAGGGCCGACUAUGUAUGAACCGAACAGGCUACUCGUGCUGUCUGCCAUGUCCCAUGACCGAUUGGGCCUACCCGGACAGCUUCGAGUCCAUGAGCGCAGCAGCAAACUGGGUUGCGGUGGCCAGCACCGUCUGCUGCGUGUUCCUGCUGCUGUCCUGGGCCUGUCUUCCCAUUGACAAGACGCACCGGCAUUACCUCAGUAUCUGCCUGACAGUUGCAGUUGUCUUUAUGAAUCUUGGUUUCGUCAUUCCGCUGGCAGGAGAGCCAGAGCAGUGCUACGACGCCAUCACGCCAAACGACAUGCGAACGAGCUCGGUAUGCGCCGCUUCGGGGACAUUCAUCAUCAUUGGAGGCUGGGCUGCUGUCCUCUGGAUCUUUCUUAGGGCACUAUCUCUUCACCUCCAAAUCUGCUGGCAGGUCGUCGUCGGCCGGAAUUUCAUGUGGUUCUCGCAGGCCGCGGGAUGGGGCCUCCCGGCGAUUGGUAUCAUCCUGGCUCUCACACUGAGCGGUGUUUCGUUUCGUUUCGGUGCCACCUGCCACAUCAAUCACCAGAACAGUCUUGCAGAUUUGUGGAUCCCUUUGCUUGUCCUCGCCGGCGCCACCAUUAUCAUUCAGUUCGCGACCUUCGGUUACUGCAUCAAGGUCUACCUCGCAUCAUUGGCUGACAACAAUGCCACCACCGAGAACUCGGCAGGCCUGCCUUCAUACACCAACAGCAUCCGUACCAUGACGCCCCGACAGGCGUACCGCCGGAUUCGCCGUGUUAUCCAGCUUCAGUGGCGCGGAAUCGCCAUCGUGUUGAUCAUCAUUGCCGAUGUAAUCUUCUUCGCCGUCGUCUUCGUGUUCCAGGAUAACACGAUUGAGACCGUCAAGCACGAUCCCUCAGUCGCGCUGCCUUGGAUCCUUUGCAUCACGCUCAACGACGGAGACAAGAACAAGUGCUUCGACCAGGCUAGCAGCAUAGCCGUAGAUAUGGCAACCGUCGGGGCUGUCUUAAUCCUUCUGGCUAUGAACGGUUUCUGGCUGCUCAUGCUACUCGGGCGCUGGUCCAUGGUGACGGCCUGGAUGGACUUGUUGGGCCGCCGCCCUGCUGCCAAGCGUGAAUUUGUAUCGGUUGAUGCAAGGCUAGAUGACCUUAAGAUGAAUACAGACCCACGUUCGUACGAGAUGCUAUCCCGGGACUCCGGGAAGAAUUACAUGGACGAAAUGGUAACACCGGACACAGUUCGAGAGGGUCCGAUCUAUCCUCCCAUAAGAAGUUACCUCGCUUCGACGGCGAGCCCCACGAUUGACAGCCCCGAGAUGAGCUCGGGCCGAAGAACACCGGAUUAUUUUGGACCACAGGCACGCUAUCAGGCGCCUGUGAGGUCCUUCUCGAGCCCAAGACCACCGACGCGAGAGGGCCAGAGCUCUCAAGUCAGCUGGGACGCAAACGCGGCAAGACAAUACUCACGAAGCCCACCGCCAACGGGCCAGUACUCACAGAGUCCCCCGCAAACGGCGCACCAACACCAACAUCAGCAAAGCUACGGUCAAGAAGAUAUGAAUCCUCUGGGGAUGAACAGAAUAUGA